AUGGUGAGUUUUGGUCGUCGCAAGGCGGCUCGGGCUGGCAGGUCGGAGAGUAGCAGCAGCUCGGGGGCGGCUACAGGGGUGGGGAAGUGGUCAUCGUCAGAGGGUGAGUAUCGGACGGAUCGGGUUCCGUUUGAUGCGUAUCCGAACCUCAACUCGGACUCGUCGUCGUCACCCGGCUCGUACCGGACGGAUCGGGUUCCGUUUGACGAGUAUCCGCAUCUCGAUUCGGACGCACCGUCGUCCGAGGGCUCGUAUCGGACUGACCGCGUUGACUUUUCCCGAAGGCUCCCACGUUGGCAGCGUGACUACGCAUCGUCAGACGAGACUCCGUACGAGCCAUCUGACUACUACGCCGCGUUGCCAGAGGCAGAGUCUGCCUCGUCGUCGUGCGGCUCGUAUCGGACGGAUCGGGUUGAUUUUGACUCGCGUCGCUCGGACGACCGCCCGGAGCCGAGUACGUCAGGCUCGGGUUCGGGCUCGGAUUCGGGCUCGGGCUCGGGCUCGGGCUCGGGCAUCGAGCUUGCCUCGUCGUCGUGCGGUUCGUAUCGAACUGACCGGGUUGACUUUGAUGCAUACGGCGAGGGGCGGCUCGACUCGUCAGUAUCGUUUGGCUCGUACCGUACCGACAUGGUUGACUUUGACAAGUUUGCCAUUGACCGCGAGCUGAGCUCGUCGUCGGGCGGCUUUUCUGAGUACCGGACGGACCGAGUCGACUUUGAUGCUCCGGGCGAGGCCAGCACUGGCGCUGGCUCCUCGGGCUCAACCUCGAGCUGGUCCGAGUACAAGACUGACCGUGUCGGGUUUGACAGACGCGGCUCGGACUCUGGCUCGAGCUCGGACCCAGGCUCGAGAGGCUACGCCUGCAACGACUCGCUCUCGACGUCCGACUUUGCGACGACGACGGUGCGUGAGCGUGCGGUGAGGCGGCGGCGGCGGGCGCAGGCGGUCCAGAGGGCGGAUCGCAGGCGAGCCCUAGCUGCAGCGUCGUCGUCUUCGGCCCUGUUUUCAGACUCGAACGCAUCGUCGGCGUCUGGCGGAGCAAAGUCCAACUCGUUCGAGACGCGGUACGUCGUUCACAACCUCGACUCGGAGCUCAAUGAGUACUCGAUGUACGAGUAUGACGAGGCCGCUGGGCUACCCACAAUUGCGUCAUCAAAGCGGAUGCUUGUCACUCGCAGCCGGCAGAACAAGGGCAAGGCACGAUCGCGGUUGGCCACCGCACGCCGCAUCCACCACUCGCGCAUGGGCGAACUCUACAAGCAGGUGGAGAGCCUGGCGGCACGGAUGGACUCGCUGCGUCAAAGGAUCAACCGCAACUCGGUCGGCUUUUACGAGACCAUGCUCGAUGCGUCAUCGGCGCGGCAAGCGCGGCUUGCGCAGCAGCUGCAGGAGCUCGAGGCCCAGCUCGACGACGCGUCGUCGAGCAGCUGA